GCAUUGCGAUGCGCGCAAAGCCUCAUACUGCUGGUAUCCUCCUGUCAAUGGCGUACCUCUCUCUUCACCUCCGACAUCCUGCAGCAGAACGGGGACGCUCGCUCCGUCACCGAAGGAGAGAAGGAGAGUGCAGAGCAACCAGAUGAAGAAAACGAACAAACGCAGUUGAAGGUCGAAUGGCUGAACCAGGAGGUCACCUUCUGGAGGGGCAUGGAGGGUCUAGCUAGACGGGAGAUCUGGAGGAAGGAAUCAGCGCUGCAGAGGAUAGAGCUUUCGUUGCAAGCACAGACGAAGAGACUGAAGAGUCUCGAGUCACAGCUACAUGUUGCGGAGCUACUUGCUCUAGAGCGCGAACUUACCUCGGAAGAGGAGCUCAGCAGGCUUCAGGCUGCCUUGACAUCCGCACGCACCGAGGCAUCAGACGUGCAGAAUCGCCUCCAGGUAGAGGAUGUCCAAUCGGACGCGGAUGCCGUACAGCUCAUCCUCGACCUGAACUCGGAGAUUUCGCAAACCGCUGCACUGCUCGCAGAUGCCUUCCGUGCAGAAGGCGUCCGCAGCGGUGUCGAGUUCACGGCAGCGCUGAUACGUGCCAGGGAAGCGGUGGGUCCAAUCAUGGCGGAGCUGUUGGAGUCCAUCCAUCACGAGGAGGACCCUGUCCUCGUCCAUAUUGCAUUGCAAGCCGACAUGGUGGCCUUCACAUCCGGCAUCAUCUCUGCUUGGGACUUCCAGCAUCAGAACAACACCACCUUCGCGGGCAUAUACAAGCAGAUGUGCAAGUCCGAGAGCCAAAUUGUGUCAGGACAUUGGCGCGCGCUGACGCGACGAUAUUCCAAACAGCGACUGUACAAUGGGCGGGACCUCACCGAAGGCUUCAGUAGACAGCUGAUGGAGCGGCUCCGCGACAUCCUCGUCGUUUCCGGAGCGAGCAUCGACGAACCACUCAUGCGCGGCGGGAUCUACUCGAAGCUGGAGACAAUCACUGGCACCGCACUGCGGCUUCAACAGAUGAUGGGGGAACAAAUCAUCUCGCACGACCUAGAGGUCGUCUCCGUGCAAGUGGAUGACGUCUACAACGCAGAGCAGAUGGAGGACAUGUCCGAUGUGGAAGGGUUGGCACCGGAUGAACAGCGGUCGUUGCAUGUCCUGUGUACCAUCGCACUGGGUCUGCGGCGAUGCACGAAACCCAGUGGCGGUUUAGGAGACGAGCUUCAGGUGACGACCCUGGUGAAGCCCGGGGUGAUCCUCGAGACCUUGAUGUACGACCUGGGCCUGGUGGAAGAUGAAGCGGUCGAAGACGAGGCACCGAGCCUUGACGAAGGUACCGAAUCUUAG